ACCACCUUUCACACCCAAUUCAAACCACUCUUCUUCUUCUUCGUCUUCUCCUCCUCCUUCGCCAUGAACCUAGAAGAGAAAGUCUCCAUGGAUUUGGUUCCACCAUCAGAGCAUCUCUGCUAUGUCCGAUGCAACUUCUGCUACACUGUUCUUGCGGUUGGGAUUCCAUUCAAGAGGUUGCUGGAAACUGUUACUGUGAAAUGUGGUCACUGCAGUAACCUGUCUUUUAUAAGCACCAGACCUCCACUGCAAGGCCAAUGUCUUGACCACCCAAUGAGUACUCUUCAGGAGAAGCAGGGGUUUUGCAAUGAUUUCAGAAAGGGCCAAUCCUCGUCAUCAUCCUCAUCGACAUCAAGCGAGCCAUUGUCCCCAAAAGCACCCUUUGUUGUAAAACCACCUGAGAAGAAACACAGGCUUCCAUCUGCUUACAACCGAUUUAUGAAGGAGGAGAUACAGCGCAUCAAAGCUGCCAACCCUGAGAUACCACAUCGAGAAGCUUUUAGCACGGCAGCCAAAAACUGGGCUAGGUACAUUCCAAAUUCAAACGUCGGUGCAGUUUCUGGGAUCAAAAAUAAUGUAAGAGGAUGAAGUAAAAUAUUUCCAAUCGACAAUGCAUGCAGAGACAGACAGGACAAUUGGAAAGCAUUUUAGCAUGCAAAUUAGAUCUUUAAUUUGAUAUA